AUGCCUCCGACGACGCAGCCUCAAAAACAACCUCCAAACGCCGAAACAAUUGUCAUCUCAUUCCUAUGCGGGAGCUUAGUACUAUCGUUUCUUCUCGCGGCAGUCGCCGCAGUGUUAAAGGUCUACCCAAAGCCGCCGGUGGUGCCGUUUAUGAAGAGAAUCUUGGCAAAGAUGAGGAGGACACCGCCAACUCCUGUACAGGAGGAGCUACCAGAGGUGCGGCAGAGAGAGGUGCAUCAGAGAGAGCUGCCACAGAGAGGGGUGCAACAGAGAGAGGCGCAACCGAUAGAGGUGCAGUUAGUGGAUGUGCCGUUUGACUUUGGGCUAAGGGAGGAUGUGGAGAGUGGGAUCGCAUAUCCUCCGCCAGUGGCUUUUAAUUAA